GAAAGCAUUUUCCUAAAUUUGUAUUACUUCUGUGUAUGUCUUUAUACUUUUAUUACACAGUUAUGUUUUCUUAGCAGUGCAUGAGAUUGUUUCUUUUGUUUUAGAUUGUAUAUAGUGUAUGCUAUUUGUGUUACUAUGAAACUUAGAGUUUUGACUUAACAUUUUUUAGAUUAAUUCAUAUGGAUUUAUGUAGCUUUAGUGAAUUACUUUCAUUUGUAGCUAUAUAGUAUUCCAUUAAAGAGAUCACAACUUUUUACAUCUUGUUUCUUAAUGAUAGACAUUUAGAGAGACGGUACAAUAGAGUGAUUACAGAUUGGGGAGCUGGGGACCUGAUAUACCCAUUCAGACUCCAGUGCUGUCAUUUGCUAAGUAUAGAGCUUGGUUUCUACUUCUGCAAAAUAGGGAUAGCACUUGUGUCACAGGGUGUUGUGACCAUUACAUGAAAUAGUAUGUAGAGCAUUAACACCAUAAGCAUUAUUGUCAUUAGCACCACAACAAGAUGACAAUAAUGUAGAAUCAGUGUUAUUUUGUGCCAUUUAUUAAAUUCUGUUGAAAUGGAAGUCAUCCUGUAAGAAGGGGGGAGUAUAGUGAAAACGAGGGCUUGUAGACAGUCGAGGUGGCUUCUUUCAGAUGACUUCUGUUUUCUCUAAGGUAAGCAAGGUUUUCCACAAGAGUGAUGGGAAAGGAGUGUGGACGGAUGAUUUGAGAGUGCUGAGGGUUUGAAGUGGCCUUGUUUGGGGCAUUGUCUGGCUAGGUGUUUGCAAAAGAAUUUCCUGUUUCGGUGUAUAUACUCUUCUUGUUUGUUUUGUUUUUUCUCACCAACCUUUUCACCUCACAAGUCAUGAAGGCUCCACCUCCAUUCUCGAGUCUUCUCUUUCCCUCCUCACAUGGCACAUCUUGCUGCCUAGCUGGUCUUUCACAGAUGGAUCUAUCCAGGCCUAUAACCUUCUCCAUCCUGAAUCCAAACCAUUUGUGACCCUUUAUCACACGUUUCAUAAUAUUUCCUAGCUUGGCAUUGACAGAUCUUCAAAAUAUGGCCCUGUCUUGAUGCUUUAUCUUCUACUUCUGUACUCAUACUCUUUUCACAAAAUGAGGCUAUCUGCUGUUCUCUGGGUCAAUUUACCACCAUUCUGUGCUUUUGUUCUAUUUCUUUCUUCUCUACCUAGAAUAUUAUUUUCUCCUCUCUCCCCGUGCGUGUGGGGGCUGUUUUUAUACUGCUGUCAGGGUAUUAUGUUAUGACUUCAAGGUAGUUAUGCUUGUUUUCAUCCCCAUUGGUUGAAUUUUGUUUUAAGUUAAAAUAAUUUUAGUAUGAAAAUUUUCUAAUAUAAAAAUGGAAGAAAUGAACCUCCAUGUACUCAUUACUCUGCCUUAGUUACUGUAUUACCAUGUUUGCUUCAUAUAUCUUGUUUUUGUCUCUUUUAAUGGAAAUAUAAUUGACAUAGUUUCAGGUAUACAACAUAAUGAUUUGAUAUUUAUAUACUGUGAAAUGAUUACUACAGUAAGUCUAAAUAUCCAUUAAGAUAGUUACAAAAAUUUUCCUUGUAACGAGGACGUUAAGAUCUAUUCUUAGCAACUUUCAAAUAUGCAGUGCAGUAUUAUUAACUACAGUCACAAUGCUGUAUGUUACAUCCCUGUGGUUUUUUUAUUUAAAAAAAAAUUUGUAAUAUUUAUUUUAUUUUUGAGAGAGGGAGAGAGACAGAGCACGAACAUGGGAGGGUCAGAGAGAGAGAGGGAGACACAGAAUCCGAAGCAGACUCCAGUCUCUUGAGCUUUCAGCACAGAGCCUGACAUGGGGUUCAAACUCCAGAGUGGCGAGAUCAUGACCUGAGCCGAAGUCGGACCCUUAACCCACUGAGUCACCCAUGUCCUUUCCAUGAUUUAUUUUAUAACUGGAAGUUUGUACGUUUUGACCACCUUCACCAAUUUUGCCUACUCCCCAAUUCCCACAUCUGGCAACCACCAAUCUGUUCUUUGUAUCUAGGAGUUCUUUUUUCUCUGUGCUGUUUGUUUGUUUGUUUGUUUGUUUUAGAUUUCACAUAUAAGUGAGAUCAUAAGAUACUUGCCUUUCCCUGUCUGACUUACUCCACUUAGCAUAAUGCCCUCAUGGUCCUUCCAUGUUGUUGCAAAUAGCAAGACUUCAUUCUUUUUUGUGGCUUAAUCACAGUGUGUGUGUGUGUGUGUGUGUGUGUAUACAUGAAUAUAUGUAUAUAAAUCGCAUUUUCUAUAUUCUUCCAUUAGUGAACACUUAGGUUGGUUCCAUGUCUUGGCUUUUGUAAAUAAUGCCACAAGGAACAUGGGGUUGCAGAUAUCUUCUAACGUUAGUGUUUGUGUUUCUUUCAGAUAAGUACCCAGAAGUGCAGUUGCUGGAUCAUAUGGUAGUUCUGUCUUUAAGUUUUUGAGGAACAUCCAUACUGUUUUCCACAGUAGCUACGCCAAUUUACAUUCCCACCAACAGUGCACAAGGGUGUUCCCUUUUCUCCAUACCUUUGUGAGCACUCGUUAUUUCUUGUCUUUUUGUUAGUAGCUAGCCAUUCUAACUGAUGUGAUACAGUAUUUCACUGUGGUUUUGAUUUGCAUUUUUCUGAUGAUGAGUGAUGUGGAGCACUGUAGGACCGUCUGUAUGUCUUCUUUGGAAAAAUGUCUAGAUCUUCUAUUUUUUUUUAAUUUAUUUUUAACAUUUGUUUAGUUUUGAGAGACAGAGCACCAGCAGGGAAGGGGCUGAGAGAGAAAGUGAGAGGGAGACACAGAAUCCAAAACAGGCUCCAGGCUCUGAGCUGUCAGCACAGAGCCCAAUGCAGGGCUUGAACCCAUGAACUAUGAGAUCAUGACCUGAGCCGAAAUCAGAUUCUUAACCAACUGAGCCACCCAGGUGCACUGCCACCCCUCCCCCUAUUUUUAAAUCAGAUUGUUUUAUUUGCUGUUGACUUGUGUGAGUUCUUAUGUUUUGGAUAUUAAACCUCAUGAGAUGUAUGAUUUCCAAUAUUUUCUCCCAUUUGGUAGGUUGCCCUUUCAUUUUGUUGAUGGUUUUCUUUGCUGUGCAGAAGCUUUUUAGUUUGAUGUAAUACCACUUGUUUAUUUUUGCUUCCCAUGCCUUUGACUUUUGGUUUCAAAUUUUAAAAAUCAUUGCAUGGGGCACCAGGGUGGCUCAGUCGGGUAAGUGUCCCACUUCGGCUCAGGUCACGGUCUCACAGUUCAUGAGUUCAGGCCCUGCAUGAGGCUCUGUGCUGACAGCUCAGAGCCUGAAGCCUGCUUCAGAUUCUGUGUCUCCCUCUGUUUCUGCCCAACCUGCUCACGCUGUGUGUGUGUGUGUGUGUCUCUCUCAAAAAUAAAUACACAUUAAAUUUUAUUUUUAAAAAAUCAUUGCAAAGAUGAUGUGAGGGAGCUUACUACCUAUGUUUACUUCUAGGAGUUUUAUGGUUUUAGGUCUUAUGUUUCAGUCUUUAAACCAUUUGAGUUAGUUUUGUGUGUGUGUGUGUGUGUGUGUGUGUGUGUGUGUGGUAUAAGGGAGUGGUCUAGUGCCAUUCUUUGCAUGUAACUGUUCAGUUUUCCCAGCACCAUUUACUGAGGAGACUUUCCUGUCCCGUUGUAUGUUCUUGGCUCCUUUGUCAUAAAUUAACUGACCAUAAAUUCAUGGGUUUGUUUCUGGGCUCUCUAUUCUGUUCCAUUGAACUAUGUGUCUGUUUUUAUGCCAAUACCAUACUGUUUUGAUUACUGUAGCUUUGUAAUGUAGUUUGAGAUCAGCUUUGUUCUUCUUUCUCAAGAUUGCUUUGGCUAUUGGGGUCUUUUUCUCUCUUAAUUUACUUAUUUAAAAGCAAAUCCCAGACAUUAGGUCAGUUGAUCUCGAUACACUUCAGAAUUAGUCUCUGAUAAGAUGGUCAUUUUCUUAUAUAAACAUGUGCUAUUAUCACAUCUAACUGAGUGAGUGAUAAAUCUUUGGUAUCAACCAAUACCCAGUCCCUGGUCAAAUUUUACCACCUAUCCUAAGAAUAUUCCUUUACAGUUGGUUUGUUUGAACCAGGAUCUAAACAAAGUCCAUACUUAUUAAUACAUUUGAUUGUUAUGUCUCUUAAAUUUCUUUUAAUUUGGAGGAAAACCCCUUCCCCAUUUUUCUUUCUUGUAAUUACUUUUUUGGAGAUAUUAGCUCUCUUGUCAUGUUGAAUUAUCAUUUUGAAUUUUUUAAAUAAACUUUUAUUUUUAGAAUAAUGUUAGAUUUAUGGGAAAGUUGCAAAGAUAGAGCAUUCAGUCUAUACCUCUCACCCAGUUUCCUCUCUUGUUAAGAUCUUUCAUCACCUUCAUAGUGUCUUUUUGUCUAUUUCAGCAUCCUGUCCGGGAUACUACCUUGUGUUUAUUAGCCUUGGUUGAAUUUUAAAGUAAUUUCUGAUCGUAAGCUCUCUUCUACUGUUGAGAAGAAUAGCCAUUUUCUGGCUAGGGGGCAGCACACUGUAAUGGUUAAAAGCAUGAUUUAAAACCAAGCAUAAGGUUUCAAAUUCUUAAUCACAUAAAAAUUGUAUGAUCUUGGACAGAUUACAUGUACUGCUACCACAGUUUCAGCAUCUUUAAAAUGGGAAUAAUAGUAUUAUUUACUUUAUUGUAUCACUGCAGAAUAUAAAUUUGAUAAAUGCUUGCAGAACAUGCCUGGCACAUAGUAAGCACUCAGUAAAUAUAGCUCUUAACAGAGGUAUUAUUUCCUAAAUCACAGUGAAUGUCAGGGAAGAAGCUGGGUCCCAUGGUAGGGGAGAAAUGAGUUUGCUAAGAGAUGAGUUCCUUUGCUUUGUGUGAUACGGAUCUCAGUAAGUUUUAGGUAUUUCACCUCUAUCUUAAGAAUUUUUGUUCAGUAGAACAUAUUUCUCUAGUAUGUGGAGACCAAAUAUGGCUUUACAGGGAUUUCUUAAUAUCAGGAUUGGGGAAUAAAACUGCAUACUUUUUUUUCUUUAUUAUUCUCAUGUAGUGAUUGGUUUGUGUUUUGAAAUAGCCUCCUUUAUAAGGUACCAGAAGCAGGUGGUUUGUAUGGCUUAAACACUAACAUUUGUUUAUGGCAUGAAGUGCUCUCAAAGGAAUUAAAAUGGGCUUGGUCAUAUUCUCAGUGCCUCUUCCUGCACCCACACCCUCCUAACGUCGCUGUGUUGUCUCAGUUGCUUCCAGAGCCUCCCUUGUUGCCAUGUAACAGUCUACAUGGUUUCAGCAGACUUGCUCUGUUAGAGGAAACCUGUAUUCAUUAGAAGUUUUGCCUUUUUUUUUUCCAGAACUCAUGGAAACAUUGAGUCAUCACAUGUACUCUGCAAGGAAGUAAGGCAGCAUUGGUAAUUUCAACCUGCAGAACUCAAAGGAAUCCAGGAGUUCAGUUAAAUUUAAGACUACCAAUUUGACUCCUUUCUUUCACAGGCCUUUACUUCCGGACUGGUGGGAGAAAAUUAGCUGAGGAGGAAGAUGUGUAUUAGUGAGUAUUGUACAGGAGUGCACUAUAGGUCUCUUUCCAAAUCCUCAGACUCCCCAUUCACAGUAUUCAUCUAGAGCAUAACUAGACUACUUUUCAUUUCCAGGGAUGGAAAGUGUGGGCCAGCUGUCUCUAGUCUGUGUUUAUAGUCUGGGACUUUUCCUCAGGGCACCUGUGCCUGUCAGGGUCCUGAGCUUUCCAGAAGCUUCCUGGGUUAGAUUUAUCAGUAUUGAAAGGCAGUUCUAGUUCAGAGUGACCUUUUGAUGAUCUGUGAGGAGAGCAUUUGGGGGCCCAGAGACAGUGUAGUCAUUGGCAAAACAGGAACAUUUGAGUCAGGUAAACUUGGGUUGGGAUCCACAUUAUCUGCCUUAUUGGUUAUGUUGUUUGGUCAAGACAUUUAACUACCAGGGUGCUAAGUGACUCAGUCAUUUGAGCAUCCGACUCUUGAUUUUGGUUCAGGUCAUGGUCCCAAUGUCAUGGGAUCGAGCCCCACAAGGGACACUACACUGAGCGUGGAUUCUCUCUCUCUCUGUCUCUCUCUCCUUCUGCCCCUCUCCCCGGCUCACACUCUCUGUCUCUAAAAAAAAAGAGAAGAAGAAUAAAUAAAUAAAUAAAAUAAAAUUUUGAAAAGACAUUUAACUGUUUUAACACUUCAUAACUUCAUCUGCAAAACGGGAAGAGUGAUACACACCUCAUAGGACUGAGAUGAACAUUAAACUAGAUAGUAAGCACAGGGUGCUUGGUAGGCACUUAGACCCCUCUGUUGUUAGUAAUGAUCAACCAUAUUAGAGAGUUGGGAGACUUUGAACUUUGUGAGGUGAACAUUUUUGUGUCCCAGCUUUUUCUUUUGUAAACACUCUCUAAAAACUAUUUAUCAGAUUCAAAGUAGGUUUAAAAUGCCUGCCUCUCUGUGAACAAGAUUAAAGGAACAUGAAGUACAGCUCUUGCUGUAUUUCCCCAGGUCAGUGUUAUUGCUUCAUCACAAACAGAAUAUGGGGAGAUGUUAACAGUGUCAGUGCUUACUGCCUCUCCUACCGCGGCCUCUCCAUUACCUCCUAAAUUCCUCUCAUACCACUAUAGCUCAGGCUGUUAUCUCUUCCCUGCACUGCCUCCAUGAUUGUCCCCACUUGCUCCUUAAAAUCCACCCUCCCCACAUGCCACUGUGAGAGCAAUCUUUGUGGAACAGAUUUGAUCGUGUUGGGCCCUUGUUUAACAGUAUGGUGGCUUCCCUUCACUCUUAGGUUAAAAGAUGCCAUGCCACUGCCUGUCUCUCACCUCACCUGCCAGCACUCCCCUUUAGCCACAAGGUGGGAUUUCCUUUCCUCCUGGCCCUGGGUCUCUAUCAACUGAUCCUGUUUCCACGAAUGCUCCCCACACCUUGGGCCCUCUUGCCUUUAGUGACUUCAUACCUUUUGGGUUUGGGGGGUAUCAGAUCCCAGCUUUUGGGGGUAAUGUUUCCGUUUCAGAAAAUGUUUCCCUGCCAUCCCUCCCCACUCCUUGCUGUAAGCAUUCUCAUGGUACCCUAUUCUUCUGUCAUUUGACACGUUUUUAAAUCUGUAUUUGUGUGAUUGUAUGAUUAGUACUAGUACCAGCAGUAGACUGCAAGCCCCACAAGGACAGUGGGUCCCUGGUCUUAGAGCAGGACUUGCCACAUGUUUGGGGCUCUCUCAGUGUGCAAUGAUUGCCUUGGGGCGGUCACAGCACACUCUUCUGUGCCCUUUUGCUGAGCCCUGCCCAUCAGUCCUGAUGUAAUGUUGUCUGUGCCUGUCCCCUUCUCAUUCCCAUGAACAGCCUCAGCUGGACCCUCAUCUUACACUUGGGUAAUGAGAUCCUCUGUACAUGGCUUUCCUUUUUUUUGCGUGCUACCUUGAAAGCUGUGGUCCUGGCUUAGAAGAUCCACUGCUUUGUCAGUCUCACUUUCCUCUUGACAUAUCUCUCAAUCACAUUGCACUGAUGUUUCCUCCACCUGGAGUGCCGUCCACUUACCUCUCCCCAAAUCCUCUUCUGUACUGCUGUUCCCACUCAAACCCGACCCACUCUAGAGGAUGCAUCCAUAUUUCAUUAUAUAUAUUGAGGGUUUCUGAGGUGUCCUUUCUUCCUGAUUUGAUUAGAAAUCCCUUUGGAAGAUGGGAUAAUGGAUCUUAAUUUAAUUUUUCUCUUCGUUACCUCAAGCAUUUUAAAUUUUGGUUCCUUAUUAAAUAGAACUAUAUUUUUUUGUUGUAGAAAACUUAGAAGAUAUAGACAGUCCACAAGAAAAAAUAAUUUUGAAUCUUUUCAAAUACUGCCCACCAGAGAUAUUUUGGAAGGUAUAUACUCUUCCAAACUCUCUGGUGUUUGUGGGUGUGUGGAUGUGCAUACAUACAUGGUGUAUACAUAUGUAGUCUUUCAUGUAAAAUGGAAGCAGUGGGCAGUGUCCUCAACUCUUUUUUCACAAAGUACUAUAUCGUGAAUACCUUUUUGUAGCAAAUAAUUGUCAUCAAUCACUCUCAAAUGGUAAAACUAUGCAGGAAAUAUUGUCCUUAUUGAAAUAAUUAUGUCUUUAGAGCUUUCUUAAAAUUUUAAAUUCUUUUUUUGUCAUGGAAUUGAACUUUUAUCUGAGCUAGGGAGAAAAAAAUAACAGUAAGUGAAGAGAUGACACUGACAUUAGAAAUGAGGCGACACAAAUUUUUUUAUGUUGCCUUUGAGAUUAGAAUUUAUACAGAACCUGGAAAUAUUUUGAGAACUUGGUGAAAACAGUUUUGAUAUAAAAGUUGAUGUGUUGACAGUGCUGUUUUAAUGAAUCCUAUAGUGAGGUAAGGCAGGUAUUGUGGUUUAUUUUUUAUGACACGCCUCUUGAAUUCCAGGGCAGGGAGCAGAACUGUAUUUCUUCUUCCAGGUUCUCAGAAGAUCAAAAUUCCUGGCUCGUGACUGACUCUCUUGGAAUGUGGAAAUAACUGUUUCUUCCCUCCUCUCACACACAAGUACUUCACCUAUUGGAUUUUUUAAAAUGAGAGUUUAGUUUAGAAACAGGCUCAGCACAUAUCGAGGUAUAAGGUGGACAAGUAGAAAGAGUAGAAACAAUAUUUAUAGCAAUGUUAUAAAAAGUUAUAUUAAAACAUAUGUCUUAGGUUGAAUGUGUGAAAAUUUUUAUUUUCAGAAAAGCUCCCUUUGUUGAAAUAUUACCAGUAGGAUUUCUUUUUAAAACAAGUUUCCUUAGAGAAUUAAAAAUUACUCUGUUAAAAAAGUUUAAUCUUACACUCCGUUUUCCAAAAACAUGUUUAGUGCAUCAAAUGAGGUACCAACAUUAUAAUUUAUGCUCAACUGGGUGGCUCAGUUGGUUAAGCGGCCGACUUCGGCUCAGGUUAUGAUCUCGCAGUCUGUGAGUUCGAGCCCCACGUUGGGCUCUGUGCUGACAGCUCAGAGCCUGGAGCCUGUUUCAGAUUCUGUGUCUCCCUCUCCGUGACCCUCCCCCGUUCAUGCUUUGUCUCUCUCUGUCUCAAAAAUAAAUAAACGUUAAAAAAAAUUUUUUUUUUAAAUAAUUUAUGCUCUGGAGGAAAAGUGCAGUCCUCCUGCAGACACCUACUUCCUUAUUCCUUCCCUAUGGUCUCAGGGCUCUGUUGAGGAGUAUUCUCUGGUUUUGCAGCAGAUGUGUUUUGGGGCUGGGAUGAUCAGUAUGCCUUUUCAUGGCAUUUUAUAUUUUCAUUAGAUCUUACUUUUGGAAUAGUUCUUUUCUCCCAAAGAGAAAGUACACAGGGAAAGAACAAUCAAGAAAAGUUCAAAGAUGCUCAGUAUCUUUCUCCUCUGUUCCUGCCUCUACACUGAGGAUCUGACAUAUGGUGGGACUCCAGGAAAUACUUGUUGAAGAGCUAAUGUAUAAAUCCUGACCCUUGUGUUCCUAAUUUACUCAGCAAUGGAAUUUCUCACUAAUGCAAUCAUUAGGGGUAAAGUGUGCUGUGUCAGAACUUAGUCGACAUUGGCACAUCAUGUUACUCAGGUCCUUUCUUAAAAUCAAGUCCUUUUAAUAUAGGGGAAAGACCAGUGAUAAUCAUCUAAUUUGGUUUCUUGUGUUUCUAAAUGGAAAAAUUGAGGAUUUUCAUAGUGAAAUGACUUCCUGUGUGCUUAUAUGUCAAGCAUAGCAAGAAGACUGACAAACAUGGAAUAUUUCUGGUUUCUUUCUUGUACCCUUACACCAACUUACCCCGUACUUAGCCCUUUCAAAAUGUGGAUGGGAUAAGUUACUUGAAAUUUUAUUUCAAAUUCCUUUGGAAAUAGAAUUCACCAUAUUUUGACAGCAUCUUUUGAGAACAGUCUUUAAUUAUCUAACAAAGUACUGCAGAUGACCUCACGUUGUUGGUCAUGAGAGAAACUUCAGUGUGUGUCUGGCUCGGAACGAUGCAGUGAAGUUCUCACAAGCCUCUGAUGACAGGUCAGGCUGUCCACUCAGGUGUGUCCAGCUUGAGUUACAGAAAAGCUGAUUAAGGAAAAAAUUCAGAGGGACUUGUUGUGGUGUCAUCUCCUUAUGAAUGGCAUCGUUUUUUUGGUGAUUUUUUUUUUUUUUUGACUCUGGCCUGGUUUUUUAGGCAGUUUAUUCUGCCUUCCCAUAUUCUUUGUUCUAGUUAAUUUCAUCUUCAACCUACUUAUGAUGGCAUGUCAGAGUUAGAACUCUUAAGCAGCAGAUCUGUUUUCAGUACUGCGUCCUUCCUGCAUAUUGAUAGCCCAGAGCACUCUAGAGAGGUCUCAUUUAGAGAGAUAGCAGGGCUGAUAAAUAUUUAGGAAAUGAAUGUGUUAGACAUAGUGAGAAAGGACGAUAUUCUUACUUUACUAGAGACUUUGCUUUCCCCUGUAAAUGAUUAUUCAUAAGAUAAAAUUUUAAAAAGGAUUCAUUUUCAUUAAGUUCAAAAUUAGUUGCGAAACAUAAAAUUAUUCUCUUAUUAUGUGUCACACAAGGAAAUAAAUGGCCUGGAAAUGUACAACUGCUCAGCCAGUUUACAGGCUCUUAGUAGCUAGUACAAAAGUUACUGCUAAUGAGGCCCACUUAACUCUGCCAUGGAAUCUGGUUUGUCGCUGUCUUAUUUCUGUGUAGGAGAAAGAUUCACAGUUUAGUAAUACUAAUGAUCAGUUUUAGAAGUUUGAUGUUUAACUAGGUUUCUUUACCCUUUCGUGCCUGAAGGAGUACUUAGACCAAGUACACUAAAACCUGGACUAUGUUAUAGGAGUACACUUAUCAUGAUGAGCACUGAGUAAUGUAUAGAAUUGUUGAGUCAUUAUAUGUACGCCCAAAUCUAGUAUUAGACUGUAUGUGAAUUAUACUUCAACUUAGAAAAACUAGAUCAUGUCAGGUAUAGGUAAAAAUCUAGGCUAAAUUUUUUUUUUUAUUCCAGUCCCAAGUGGGAAGUGUUUAUACCGUGGGAGGUACUGUUCAACUCUACAAAAGCUUUUGACUUUUUACAGUAUCACCAAGAAAGUAAAUUUUUGUAAAAGUAUAGAAUAGGUGUGCCUUUUAAAAAUCUCAUUUAGGUAAUGUUGAAUGUCAAAUGCAAAAAAAAAAAAGUUUCAAAAUCUCAUAAGUAGCACUGUAAAGUGAUUAGGCUGUCAAAAUCAAUUGGUUGAACCACUAAAUCAAAGAACUUAUUUAAAUAAUGCAAACGUCUACCAUGUAUCUGGUCUUGUGGACACAGUUGUAAAUGAUCUGAUACAUUACUACCCUCACAGACCUGUUAUGCUAAGGGGAGAGGUGGGUAGAGAAGCAACCUGUUGUGAGGCUGUGUGAUUAUGAGGACAGGAGCACAGUUGCCAGGGGAAGGCACUCGGAACAACAGAAAGGGAACUGUGGGUGCUUAGGGUCUAGAAAUGCUUCUUAUAAGUGAUGAUCCUUGCACUGAGUCGUAGUGGGAUGAUUAGGAGUUGGUCCAUCUUCUAGUCUUAUAAAGCUGCAUGUGGAAAGGCCAGGAGGUGAGAGGAAGUGAUGCCUGUCCUGGGAACCUCCCGGAAUUCAGUGCAAGUGUGGGAGGGCAUGGGCUCAGCAGGGUUCACUUGGCGCCCCAUGGCAGUGAGCCAGUCAAGAGUUUUUCAGCAGGAUCAAUACAUGAUAUUUUAAAAGAACACUUUGACGGGGCACCUGGAUGGCUCAGUUGGUUAAGCAUCUAACUUGAUUUCAGCUCAGGUCGUGAUCUCAUGGUUCAUGAAAUCCAGCCUGCUUGGAAUUCUCUUUCUUCCUCUCUGUCCCUCCCCUGCUCACUCUCUCUCUCUCUCUCUCUCUCAAAAAUAAAGAAACAAAAAAAUUUAAAGAGCACUUUGAAAUUUGGAGGAUAGAUUGGAAGAGGGUAAGAUAAGUGGAAGAAAGAUUGGUUCGGAGACGUUAAGGGGAGACAAAGGAACUCUUCUGAAACAGUGCCUAGCCCAGUGCAGAGCACUGAGUGAAAACUUAUUGAACAAAUGAGAUCCAAAAUCCUACACCGUGGUGUUGCAGGUUUCCAGAGAAGGGGAAGAUCAGUGCAAGUCAGAAGAUCCAAGGUAAAGUCCAUCUGUUGGCUUCUGAAGAAUCUAUCGUUUCCCUGAAAUGAUGAUAAAACUUUGUGUUCACAUGCAUUUUCUGAGUCAUUAACUUUUGUCAGGUUCAUAAAAGGUUCCUGACCUUCUGAAAGGUGAAAAACCACUGGGUUAGAUGUUAGCCUGGCAGAACAGGACCUUGCGUGAGGCUCUGUAGAACUUUGUAUUUAGUCAUCUCAAUAAAGGGCUUAAAUUUAUAAAAGAUAUUAUCAGCUAUUCUGAUGACGUUAAGCUGGAACAGAUAUCUAAUUAUGCCAGGAGUCAAAGUACGGAUUCAAAGAGAACCUAACAGUUUGGAGACAAGUGAACAAAAGUUGUAAUCAGGUUCACAGCCCAACUGUACUGUAUUGAAAGUGGGAUAGAAGAUGCUUCACCUUAACAACUUUUGUGAGCUGUUGCUCCUUAACAACCACUGGGCAUGGGGGCUGAGGAAAGCUCUGGGAGUUCUGGAGUGCUGCCUGGUAGUGAACACUUGAUGCCUGGAAGCCUCUGAGAAGAGGCAGAAUCCCAGGUGAGUGAUGCUGUAUAGGAGUAUGAGAGAGGAGUAUUCCGCAUUGGUCCUCAGAGAUUGUUUGGAGUGCAGAAUGAACUAUUUCCCUGUAUAGAGACCCACAGAAAAUGCACUGGCACAGGCCUCCCUCUGUGCUGUCAACAGAGGGCACAACUGAGAGCUCUGUUUCUAUGGAAAAGUAUAAAAGUUAACAAAAAAAAGAUGAAGACAUGAGGCCACUUUUGCUGACACCGCCCUGUUGUGUGUUCCAGGGGUGGGCUCUCCCUCCCUUGGUGCUGAAUGAAGUUCAGGAACACCAUUGUGAGGAGAGGAGUUGAUAAUCUGGCUAUCCCGUGAGCUGCUUGGUCAAUGGUGUGUUUUGUGGCAUUUGUGAAUUUCCUAUUCAGAAAUUGUGUGGGUUCCCAGCGUGUAUCGUAGUGCUGGUUCUACUUAUAGCUCAAUAAAAUCUGAGAGCACAUCCGAAGGGGUGCUAGAGACUAUGUGAGAGAGCUUUACCUUCAGCCCCAGAAUUUAGUUUUACUUGGUUGUGACAAUUUCGUUAGACCUUAAGCAUUCAUUUACUGAAAUUCCUAUUUGUCAUUACAACCAUUUUAUAAAUUUUUUUUAAGUGCUUAUUUAUUUUUUGGGAGAUGGGGGGGGGGGGAGAGGGAGAGGGAAAAUGAGAAUGAAUGAACACGGGGAGGGGCACCAGAGUGGCAUAGGGGACAAAGGAUCAGAAGCAGGCUCUGUGCUGACAGCAGAGAGCUGGAUGUGGGGCUCUAACUCACGAACUGCAAGAUCAUGACCUGAGCUGAAGUCCGAUGGUUAACCAACUGAGCCACCCAGGCACCCCUCAUUACAACCAUUUUAAAAGUCAGAGAGCAAGAACUGUUUCAGUUUGUUUGUUAUAUAGCUUGGGAACUUUUUUUUUUCUGUUCACAUCCUUUAACCUUAGACUCAUCAAAUACAGGAUUCGUCCUACACAGUUAGGUGUUUCCUGUCUCGUUAACCUUUAGUAGUUGCCGAGCACUUUUUCCUUGUCAGCAUGCUGCAUUACUUUUUUUAAAGCUCUUUUAAAAAUCAAACUCUGUUAUUUAUAUCUUUCUAUAGAAACAAGUCCUAUUUAAUGUUGAGCUUUCUUGAAAGUAAUACUACACUCUAUGUUAACUAAAUGGAAUUCAAAUAAAAACUUGAAAAAGGAAAAAACAAUGUCAAGGUCUCUGUGUUUGUAGUGAAUAUAAUAUUAAUUUGUAUUGUAUUCAUCAAGCAUCUAGAGUGGUGCCUAGAGUGAAAAGAAACAGAAUUGGUGGUUUCUCUUCAUUUGUUUUUCACAUCUGUUUUGACAAAACUGUAAGAAUUAGACACUUUAGGAAUCCUAAUUUUAUGUUUGUUAUGGUAAACUAACCUUUUCUGUAUUUUAGGUCUCAGUAGGAUCCUAGGGCUUUGUACAAAAGACAUAUGUAAAGACAUAUGUAUUUUUUAUUUAUUUUUGAAUAGGCAGAAUAUCCAAAGUUCUGAACAGAAUUUGGUAAUAGAAAGGCUUUCUUCUGCUACUGUCCCCAAGUUCCCCAGAGGCCUCCAGUAUUACCCUUUUUGAAAGAGAUAACAUUUGUCACUUGAUUCUUUUACAUGUUUCACAACUAUUUAAAUCUAGUGUUAACAACAAAAUUAGUAAUUUCUUCCUUGAAUCUUUAAAAGUGUGUGUUAUCGGGCACCUGGGUGGCUCAGUCAGUUAAGUGUCUGCCCAUUUGUUUCAGCUCAGGUCAUGAUCUCUCAGUUCAUGGGUUUGAACCCCGUGUUGGUCUCUGCUCUGACAGUGUGGAGCCUGGUUAGGAUUCUCUCUCUCUCCCUCUCUUUCUCUUCCCUUCCCCUGCUUGUGCUCUCUUUCAAAAAAAAAAAAAAAAAAAGUAUGUUACAUUUUGGCGGCGCCUGGGUGGCUCAGUAGAUUGAGUGUCCAACUUCGGCUCAGGUCAUGAUCAGGUGGUUCUUGAGUUCAAGCCCUGUGUCAGGCUCUGUGCUGACAGCUUGGAGCCUAGAGCCUGCUUUGGAUUCUGUGUCUCCCUGUCUCUGCUCCUCCCCUACUCACACUCUGUCUCUUUCUCAAAAAUAAACAUUAAAAAAAAUAAUUAAAAAAUGUAUGUUACAUUUUGAUGGCAGCUGUAAGUUGUCUGUUUUCCGCUGGGGUGGUGGAGCCAAGGUGACAAUUGUGGCCCUGAAGGGAGCUAACAUCUGCGUGUCCUGGGUGAAGGAGUAAGAUAUGGACCCCCAUCUUCCUUGUGGGUGCCUUAAUAUUUGUAUUUAUAAUAUAGAUACUCUCAGGGGAAUAUGUUAAUUCUUUAACCCUUGAUGCAAAAAGAAGUUUCAGAGACAUUUCUCUGUGCUCUUGUUGAGGGGAUUCUAGAAGGGAAGGAGGUUGAUACAGAUCACUCAAGGAGAAAUUAUUGAAACCAUAAAGUCAAACUAUUGGCUAAGAAGUUGCCAAGGCUCUAGACUGUAUCUGUGAGACAGUGCUGUAUACUGAGUGGAACUGAAUCAGAACUGGAGGCUACAAUCCUGCAUGCUGUUGCACUAACAUCAUUUGGAACUGUAACAGUAAAGACUUGCUCCAUGUUAUUUGUCCUCCAUUAUUUGCGAACCCCUCUUGCAAACACUCACCUAUACCCCACACACACUAAAACAGAGCCCCUUUCUAUCUUUGUCACCAUCUGGUGUCAAAUGUGCAUCUACUAGGGCUGCAUAGGCACCCAAAACACCUUUAGGCAGACAGUGUUGAUUACACUGAGGUGCAUAUUUGAUGAGAGGGAAUUUUUAGAAUAGGUAGUUAAACAGAUUUAGAAAAUCACUGAAUGGAGGUUGAUAGAAGAAACCACGUUCCUUUCAGUUAUGAAUUUUUGAGUAACAUCUAGGGGGGAAAAGACACUUCUUUUCUAAAAAGGAUUUCAGAUAGAAUGGAGAAAGGGAGGAAUUGCACUGUUUCCCUCACAAUUGUGCCUUUUUUUUUUUUUUUUUUUAAAGGAAAAUAUCCCAAAGAGCUCUUGAUGACCAGGCACUUCUUUAUACUGACAGCUGCUUGUGGAGUCUUCGUGCAUUUCCUGGCAAAUAAAAUAGGGCAGGACCCUUUAGUCAUUACCCUACUGGAGCUUUUUAGCCUAAUUUUAAUUCAGAAUGAUGCUGGAAAGAUUUAUAAAGGAAUUGGUGUGAUUAUUCAUAACAAUUAAACUUUGCUUAUUAGUAAACACGUGAGACCCAGGUCCCUGACACCUCCCCCCAUCCCCUCCCCCAAGGUGCAAGGCCCAGAGAUAAGGCAGGCCAGGCCUUGCUGAGGAGGGUGUGUACCAACAGAGAAACAGGAAGCUGUGCUUAGCCCGGCUUGCCUGGAGGUUUCCAACUCUGGUCAGGUGUACUAAAGUCCCGGCAAGAGACACGUUCGUUCUGAGCCCUAGCAGCCACGCUGCUCGGCAUAAAUGCUUCAGACUGUCAAUAACUGAUGUGUAGAGAGAAGUAUGACUGCAUUACAGCUUAAAGAGCUGUCCCACUCAGGUCUCUACCGGAGAAGACGAGAUCGCCCCGAUAGUGUGAGACUAAAUGGGUUACCGGAGGAAGAGCUAAGCAACAUGGCCAAUGCCCUGGCCAAUGCCACCUGUGAGCGCUGCAAGGGGGGCUUUGCGCCCGCCGAGAAGAUAGUAAACAGUAAUGGGGAGCUGUACCACGAGCAGUGCUUCGUGUGUGCCCAGUGUUUCCAGCAGUUCCCAGAGGGACUCUUUUAUGAGUUUGAAGGAAGGAAGUACUGUGAACAUGACUUUCAGAUGCUCUUUGCUCCUUGCUGUCAUCAGUGUGGUGAAUUCAUCAUUGGCCGAGUUAUCAAAGCCAUGAAUAACAGCUGGCAUCCUGAGUGCUUCCGCUGUGACCUCUGCCAGGAAGUUCUGGCAGAUAUUGGAUUUGUCAAGAAUGCUGGGAGACAUCUGUGUCGCCCCUGUCAUAAUCGUGAGAAAGCCAGAGGCCUUGGAAAAUACAUCUGCCAGAAAUGCCACGCCAUCAUCGAUGAGCAACCGCUGAUAUUCAAGAAUGACCCUUACCAUCCAGACCAUUUCAACUGUGCCAACUGCGGGAAGGAGCUGACUGCUGAUGCCCGGGAGCUGAAAGGAGAGCUGUACUGUCUGCCGUGCCAUGAUAAAAUGGGGGUCCCCAUCUGUGGCGCUUGUCGACGGCCCAUUGAAGGGCGUGUGGUGAAUGCUAUGGGCAAGCAGUGGCAUGUGGAGCAUUUUGUUUGCGCCAAGUGUGAAAAGCCAUUUCUUGGACAUCGACAUUAUGAAAGGAAAGGCCUGGCAUAUUGUGAAACCCACUAUAACCAGCUAUUUGGUGAUGUUUGUUUCCACUGUAACCGUGUUAUAGAAGGUGAUGUGGUCUCUGCUCUGAAUAAGGCCUGGUGUGUGAACUGUUUUGCCUGUUCUACCUGCAACACUAAAUUAACACUCAAGAAUAAAUUUGUGGAGUUUGACAUGAAGCCAGUCUGUAAGAAGUGCUAUGAGAAAUUUCCAUUGGAGCUGAAGAAAAGACUUAAGAAACUAGCUGAGACCUUAGGAAGGAAAUGACUUCCUUUCUUUUGUUUUUUCUCUUCUGUGCAAAGAAAAGAGAUUACCAACAUUACUUGACUUGGUCCACCCUGUUUAAAGCUGUAUCUCAAAAUAAUUGAGAGUGAAGAGGGCCUAUAUGAAUGGUUUUCUUUAUCUCCUUUUUCUCAUUAAAAAAGAAAAAAAGCUUGUGUAAUCAUAUUUAAAACACAGAUGAGAUCAUGAUGCUUUUGUUAAAUACCCUAUCAGUUUGUUGAAAUGUAGACUAUACUUAACAGCAAAAACACAUGGUUAAAUGUUACAUGUUAAUCAAGGUCCAAAAAAAUUAAUUUAACUUUUAAAAAUGAAAAUAGGGAGUCAGCUUUCACAUGACUCAGAUACAAUAGAAACAUUAUUUUACUUUGUAUUUGAAAGAAAAUAAAUUCCAACAGCUGUUGGGGAGGAUAUAAGGAAGAAAAAUAACCAACCAAGAAAAACAAAUCUUGUAGAAUGUUAGUAUGUUUAUCAAACUAGUAGUUAUAAAAUGAAUAUACACAUUACUAAGACAAGAAACAAGUGCAUUCAAAACUACUUGAUUUCAUUUUUUGUUAAAUUCAAUAAUUACUAUGCUUAGUUUUAUAUUUUGUUCUCCUUGUGAAACUCUUCCUUCAUACAGUUACUUAACAUAGUAGUUACAGCUAGCUAAUAGUAUGCCUUUUUAAAUUUUUUGCAAAAAAAAAUUUAUACUAGACAUUUGAAAAUUCAGUACACUUUACAAUAUUGGAAAAAAUGAAGUAUUUUUUAAUGGAUUACAGCAAUUAUGCUUCUAAGCUUAAGGUCAAAGAUGUAGUCUUAGAAUAGGACACAAAAUUAAAUUUUAUGUAGCUUAGAAUGUAUCGCUUAAAAACAAGUGAAUUUAUAUGUAUUGGUCUUCUUGCCUUUAUAACCAUGCUGACUAAUAUCUGUGCUUCAUACAUAAUCAAACUUGCCUUGCCUUAGAAACAUACUUAAUUCAGGAAUCCUAGCUGUUUCAUGCAAUACCAAAAAUAAGUGCAUUGAUUGAGAUUUGUAAACCCAAAUUCAUUUGCCACCACUAAGAUGAGAUUUUUUUUUUUCCUCUCCUUUUUUUGGGAAACACAUUGAAAUUAAUUUUUGUCAUCUUAAAAGAAUGAUAUUGAUAUGUGUUUCAAGUUUUUUAUUUCAAAUCUCAUAAUUGGAUUUUAUUUAAGUAGGAGGUAAAAAUGACAUUUUUAAAUUGGAAGGGGAUGUUUAAAUGUCAAUUUUAGAUCAAAAGUAGUGAAUCAUUCUACCUUAUAAAAUGUUUUUUAAAAGUUUAUCCUGAAGUUUCUAGACCAUUCUUUCUUGGCAAACUUGUUUGCAAUGCAAAUUUUGUGAGUAAUUGUUAAAUGUUGCUGCUGCUAUUUUUCAUUUAAAAGUAAGUUCCCAAGACAGACUUCUAAGGAGGAAAGUAUUGGUUUUUUAAAAAAUUGCUGAAAUACUGUUUUGCCAUUAAAAAAAAAACAACUCAGGAUGCUACUCACUCUGCCAUUAAAGUAUUUGUAUGCAUGUAUUUUUUAAAAGUUUGUGCAUGCACUUUACAAGAGUAAAUUCUAUCUUGGUUUUCAGAUAACUUAUAACCAAUUAUUUUUUAGUGUUCUUUUAGAGUUCAAAGAAUUAUCAAUGAUUGAAAAUAAACAAUAUAUAGUUUAAGACUGUAUGUACUCAGAAGUUUAAAACAGUCUUUGCAUUGGACAGUAAGAAUAAAAUCCAUCUGUGUGCCUUCGUCAGCUAAUAUGUAACCAGCAAGGAAAACCUUGAAAGUAUUUAUUAAAUACUAUACUAUGGAUAUAGGCCAAAUAGUGCAGGCUUUGGCAGUUUGGGGUCUUGAUGCUAAAUUCUCAAAUACCCCUACGGCAGAAAUAAGGAACAGAAGAGCAGCCAUUUACCCAUAGUCUUAAUCAUUUUGAAGAUGCAUGAACUCAGCUCAGCUUGUUUACAUAUCUUACACAGCCAGGCCUCUCCUAUAGCCAGAUGUCCCACUACUGUCUUUGCUCACUCUUUUAAAAUAAGAAUUGGUAUUUCCUGGAAGUUCUAAUACUCUAGGGUAUUUUGUCUAGAUGCAAUACUUCCUUCCUUGAUAAGGGACAUCAUUGGAGCCCUUACCUGUGGGAAAGGAAGAGGAAGUCAAAAAGUUGCAAGUGGAAUAGAAGACUUGGUUGAGUUCAUAAUACUUUUCAUGGGGUUUUCCCUGGCUGUGGAAAAACUCAGGCUAGUAAGCAUUUCUCUGUUUAAAGUCCUACAAGGCAAUUUGAAAUAAUUCAUUGUUCUUACCCAAUUUUUAAGUGCUCUUUUUCAUACCAAGCCUAACAUAAUUGGGGGAAAUGUCUGAGUACAAGUAAAACAUUCUUUGGAUCAUGUUCAAAGCCUUAUUAAUAUCGUACCUAAAAUGAUAGGUCAUUUUGCCUCACUUGCCAAAAUAGCCAUUUCUAAGUUAAGGAAAUUUUGAGGUAGGCUUACAGCAUUAUUGUUGUAUUUCAUUUUAGAAUGUAAGCUUGAUGGCAGGGACACUAUAUUGUUAAUUAUGUUUUUGUAUAGCAACCAUUGCAGUAUACUCUUGGUGCUUAAUAAAUGUUCAUAAUUAUUAAGACUAA